GCAAAGCUAAACUGUAUCUGUCAUCUCUUCUUAAUCUCUUUGUUGUUGUUGUUAUUGUUUCUGUCUCUUUCUUUGACAUAUAUUAUCAUCAAUACAAAAGAGAAGAUGGGUAGCAGCUAUUUUGGAGAACCAAACAUGGGAAAUGAAAGAGGAGGAUCCUCGUCGUCUUCAAGAAAAGGGAAGAAGAGUAAUCCAGACAAGCCUAAGCAACCCCAGAGAGGGCUCGGAGUUGCUCAAUUGGAGAAGAUCAGAUUACAUGGACAAAUGGGUUCUAGCUACCAUCCUUCACCUUACCCUGGAAAUUUGAACCAGGAAGACAUGAGAGUGCAGACAGCUUAUUCAUCUAUGGCAUCAUCAUCUUUUUCAUAUUCAUCAACCUCAUCAACUUCCUCAGCUUCUUAUGGUUUCCACCCCAGCAUGAUGAUGGGGCUUGGGGAAUAUGAUCAAAGAGCAAACAUCAGAUAUGGUGAUUCCCAACUUAUUACAACAGCAAGCAGUAGGAACUCCGGCAGUGGCAUCUUAGAGAGUCAACAUUUUGCACAACCAAACAUGACCAGACAGCUUCUAGACCUACAUGUUGAGGAUUCACAACCAACUAAGAGCAAGAAACACCGGAGCAACUCAUUGGGAUCCGGCAGUCAGAAUUCAGAAUCAAGUGACACACAAGAGCUAGAUUUGGAGCUCAGACUGUCAUUGUAAUCAAUAAUUUUUCUGCCACUUAGUUGCUUGGAAUGCAUUAUGCUUCCUACCUUAGAAUUUUAGAAUUGUAAGCUCGAGAUAAGCAGUUGGUCUUGCAAUUUACAUGCAACUUGAGCAAGUUGAUGAACUUGUUGAAUUUCAUUUGAAAGUAAUCUUGUGUAACGAAAGGCAGAUUGACUUGCUGCAUGAGAUAUAGUGAAAAUUUGAUCUCUUGUUCAUGAAUUUUCAAACAAAUGAGGAUUAAAGUUAUAAUUCUCACAAAUUUCAACUAUUUUUAAGGC